CCAUACUUUAUAUCUUGGGAUUCGCGAUUAAAUAACAUUUCGCCGUUGUCAUUUUGUUUUUCCCAUACUUAAUCGACGAAUUGCCGAACCGUAAAAAUGGGUUUCCGCCAUGACGGCGAGCUAUAUUGCUGAUGCAUUGCUUUGAGCCUUGUUGGCACCUACAGCUACCUAUACAUACCUACCAUUUAAUAUUCUCUGCUAUGCACCUUUAAUAGACACGUUUUCUGAUGUAAACUCGCAAUCAAUCGUCCUUGUCUGCUCGACUGUAUGGUGUUACUUACUGCAAUUUUUACCUACCGAUGUUCGCAUGACAACGUGACGUGAACCGAAUCGGCAUGAUGAAUUCGGAGCAGUAGCAGCAGGCAGUUAGCAGCGUAACUCAGCGAGCGCAGAGCAGCCGAAGAUCGGACGGCCCGUUAAUUACAGCUUGCGAAUUGUAGAGGGCGCCAGACAAACCCGAAGCGUCCGAGUCGUCGUACACGGCCUUUUACAUCACAGUAGACGAGUGUAUUUUCACGCCGCAGCCGGCUCUAGGAGUAAAAAAGCAGUACUCGUCCAAAUUUUGGAGUCCGAAUCCCGACACGCAUUCGUAAGUGCAACGGAUCUAUACUGCCUGGGCAGUCUACGGCUCUCUUAGAUUGCGAGACGAGACGACGAGAGAGCAGUUCUCCAGAAGCCAUUUGAUAGCGUCGUUGCACUAGGACACGAUUUAUCUUGAACAUACACAUAUACCUACGUCGCUAUUGCUGAUAUUUCUGCCUGCGGCGCGUGUCUCUUAUAUCAAAUGAGGAGGGAGCGUUCGAGCUUCUCGAGCAAACUUCCCUUCGAAACGUUGUUUAUAUUUUGAGCGUUGACGAGGAACUAGCACAGAACUAUGCGGCGUAAAAGUGAGAGGAACAAGGCCAAGGGCACUCCAGAGAAGAAGGUUGAGAAACCAACUAGAAGAACAACACGCCGAAGAGGUAAAGAAGUAACUCCUGAACCAUCGCCAGACAGGGAAAAUACAGAAGAAAAUGCAUCGAACUCACAAUUAUCUGCAGAGGAAGAUCAGGAUUCGAGACUUGAACAGGAAAGCAGCCAAGCGGAGACUAUGGAAAAACCAGUCACAUCCAGUGAGCUCAUCAAAUCCGUUCUUGGAGCUGAUGAAGAGGACAAUGGAUCAGUAUGGAAAGUAGCGAGAGCUGAUGCAUCACCUGGAGAAAUACAGAAGCUGAAACUUUGUAGGCAACGAAAUACUUCAGAAGCGUCAGACAGUAGUUCAAGCAAAAAAAAAUCAAACAAGUGGCCAGAUAGUGGUGAAGGUGGCACGGAGGAGGCUGAUUCGGCUGAUGAGCAAGUAGCAUCUUCAAAGAAUGUGCUUAUUGACGAACAGUCUGAUGAUACCUCCUCCUUGCACCCAGGUCAGGACUCCCAUCAAGAGGUAAGUGAUCACAAGGAGAACCUGCCUGAAACCAUUUCAGCCAACUUGUCUGAUGAUAAAACAAACAUAGAUCAGCUGGCAGAGUGCACGGAGAAUCUACCAAAAACUACUACUAAUUUGUCUGAACAAUUCAAUUCAGAGGAUGGCAAGGCUGAAAAUUCUACCUCUGCCAAUCUACCUGGUAAUUAUUCAAACUCUAGCCAAUCUCCAGCUGGCACGGAUAACGUUGCAGAAAUAGCUUCUGACAAUUCAUCAAACAAUCAACAAAUUCAAGACACUCAAGACAACUCCGAUGAACCAGCUUGCGUUAAUUCUACCACAGCAGAGCCUCUUCAAGAUGUUAAUGUUACUUCUGAUACAAAUAAUGAAUUUACUAAUAACCAAGUCAUUCCUACUGGAAAUGUGCAAUUACAUGAAGAAGAAACUACUAAUCGUUCAAAUGAAUCUUGUGAUUCAGAGGUUGUUGAAAAAGAAACAUCUGAACAAGAAAGUUCUUCAGAAGGAAAUACUUCUGUACGCAAACGAGAUAAUUUGGAAACUACAUCAAAAGAUGAUAAGAUAAGUCCAGAGACUGAUCAAGAAUUGGGAAAUCAAGAAAAUGAAGGGGAUGAAAAGGCAAUAAAAUCAACAUCAACAGAAUCUGAUAGUGUAUCAAAUGAAAAAGAAGAGUCAAUUGCCCAAGAUGUUGACAUGGCAGAAUCUCAGGAAUCAGAUACCCAAUCAUCACAGCAAAACCAUCAUGUACAAUAUGAAUCUUCAGCAUCAGAUAAAUCUGAAUCAGAAGAUGAAAAGAGAACAGAAAAGGAUAAAGCUGAUUCUUCAAAUGAAAAAAAAAAUAUACAUAGAGGCAACAGAAAAAGAUUGCAAGACCAGUCAGCUUCUAAGCAAGUAAGAAGUGAUUCUGACAUCAUAGAACCUGAACUAGAAUUAUCAGAAAGUAUUAUUGAAAAAGAUGAUAUUCUUGAAAUUAUUGAAAAAUCUGAUGACUUAAAUUCAUCAAUGUCAACUUCAAAACCUGCCAAAGUUAGUCUCAAGAGGUCAUUCUCUGCCCGAAUCUCAACAGAUUCUGAAGUAAAAAAGGAAGACACUAAAAACGCAUCUGCUGUUAAUGAAUCCAAUCAAAACAAAGAAAAUCAUGCAGAUAACGAACAACCAGAUCAGAAAAGUUGUACUAAAAGACGACGUUGGGGAAUGACGACAACUUCUGAUGUUGCCCCAGCAUUUUCGAUUUCAACAGAUUCCUUAAAGGCUCUUGUUCCAGGUGCAAAGCCUUUAUCUGUUAAUGAAGUAAAACUUGAUAAGGACCAAGAUGAAGAAAAAGUGCAUCGAAAAAUUAAGGAUCAAGUUCCAGAUCAUAAAGCUAAAAGUGAUGUAGUUUCAAAAAAUGACAUUACCACGAAAAAAGAAAUUAAAGACAAUCAUAUAGCGCCAAGACGAAAAAUAACCGUGGUCAAAGAGGCGCCAAGACCCUCGUCACCAAGUCUACCAGAACCUCAAGCAACAAACGUCUUGUUGAUAAAAAAUUUAGUACGACCCUUUACAUUACACCAAAUCAAAGAGCUUCUUUCGCGCACUGGAACUAUCGUCGAAAAUGGUUUUUGGAUAGAUAGAAUAAAAUCAAAAUGUUUUGUUGAGUAUACUAAUGAAGAUCAAGCUUUCGAAACAAGGCAAGCAUUGCAUGGAGUUUCUUGGCCCCUUUCAAAUCCAAAGAAGCUAAUUGUAGAAUAUGCUACAAAAGAAGAUAUGGAAGCAGCUCGAGAGUCAUCAAAAGAUCAGCCUAUAGCAAGGAAAACUGAACCUUUGGUUUCAGCUGACAUGUGGCAGCAGGAUCAGUGGUCACGAGAAGAAAGGACACCAAUUGUAAACAAGAUUACAGUUAUCCGUGAGUGGGAUUUAGGGAAGGAAGACGGUCAAUUACACGUUAAAGAAAAAGAGCGAGAACGAAAAGAAUUCGAAAAGAAAAAAAGACAGAGAAGUAGAAGUCCGGUAAUUGAAGUACAUCUACCUGCACCAGCUAGGAAAUUCAAGAAAAAAGAAGAAGAGCCACCUACAGCAAAACUUUUAGAUGACCUCUUUAGAAAAACCAAAGCCACACCUUGCAUAUAUUGGUUGCCAUUAACAAAUGAACAGAUUAUUGUAAAAGAAGAAAUGAGAAGGCAGCAUAUGGCCGAACAUGCGCGUAGAUUAGAAGAAAUGAGGCGAGCUGAACGGAGUCGAGAUACGCGACGUCGUCGUAGUCCCAGAAAAUAAUUUUUUUCAUAAUGCCUUCAUAAAGGAUUAGAACUUCCCAUUCUCCUGCUCUUGACUUGAAAGAUUUGACGAGUCUUCGGCACAUUAUCGUGGUCGAUGCAAAUAGUGUAUAAUUUAAUUCGUAUAUAUUAAACGCGUUUUACACGUUACUAUACGUUAGCAUUCUAUUUCUUAUUUGUUUUUUUUUUGCUUUUCGAGUAUUUCAAAUUUAUUUAUAAUUUUCACGUUGCUAAUUAUUCAAGCUAUUCUUGUUUAUAUUGUUUAAAAAUAUAAGUUCAAGGUUUUUUUAUUUCUACAACUUUAUUGACGAUUACUUUAACUUAAAAUGGUAUCAAAAUUAAACCAUAGCUUACUUUUUAAAAGAUUCUCAAAUCCAAUUUAGUUUAUUUCCUAUCCCCCCCCCCCCCCCCUUGUUUUUAUCAUACAAGCCAUGCUUCUUACAGGUCAACAUACUCAAAUCUACAAACCAUGGAAUUAAUGACAUUUUCACCUUUUAAAUCUUCAAAACUAUCAACUACAACUGAAGACUUGGAACUUGCAAAAAUCGACAGUUUAUUAUACUUAUAAUCAUGUGUCAACAUGAUGCAUAUUCGGAAGAUAACAAUACAACAAAACUGUUCCAGUCAUAAUUCAAAUUGCAAUAGCACUGUUUUUAAUAUGCUUUACAAAUGAAUUUGUGAAGAGUAUAUGAAGAAAUCAGCUUAAUUGUGGAUUAUGAAGUGCAAGAAUUUAUUACAAAACUUUUUACACGUAUUCAUUAAAAUACAAGUUCACUAUCAAAUUUGAAUAUAUAAUUAAAUGUAAAACUGCAAUGAAGUACUAUCUAGUGCAAAAUGCAGCAAGGCUACGUCAUAAAAAAUGAAUAAGUUCUUUUUGAAUAAUUUUAUGUAUAUAUACAUAAAUCUGGCUUUAAAAAUAAAUAAAUUAUAACGUUUGAAUCACCAAGUUUUGUCGGCAGAUUGGUUGAUUACUAAGCUCUCAAGGGUAUACGAAUGCGUACCUUGCAUAUGUUGUCAAUAGUUAUUAAUAAAUAAUCAAGUAAAUAAAAAAUUUCGUAAUGAUUA